AUGGCCAGAACCAAGCAAACCGCUCGCAAAUCCACCGGUGGCAAAGCACCCAGGAAGCAGCUCGCCACCAAGGCUGCGCGCAAGAGCGCCCCGGGCACCGGCGGCGUGAAGAAGCCUCACCGUUACAGGCCCGGCACCGUGGCUCUUAGAGAGAUCCGUCGUUACCAGAAGUCCACUGAGCUGCUGAUCCGCAAACUGCCUUUCCAGCGCCUGGUGCGAGAAAUUGCCCAGGACUUUAAGACCGACCUGCGCUUCCAGAGUUCCGCAGUGAUGGCCCUGCAGGAAGCAAGCGAGGCUUACCUUGUCGGCCUGUUCGAGGACACCAACCUGUGCGCCAUCCACGCCAAGAGGGUGACCAUCAUGCCCAAGGACAUCCAGCUGGCCCGUCGUAUUCGCGGAAGCGCCAUGGCCAGAACCAAGCAAACCGCUCGCAAAUCCACCGGUGGCAAAGCACCCAGGAAGCAGCUCGCCACCAAGGCUGCGCGCAAGAGCGCCCCGGCCACCGGCGGCGUGAAGAAGCCUCACCGUUACAGGCCCGGCACCGUGGCUCUUAGAGAGAUCCGUCGUUACCAGAAGUCCACUGAGCUGCUGAUCCGCAAACUGCCUUUCCAGCGCCUGGUGCGAGAAAUUGCCCAGGACUUUAAGACCGACCUGCGCUUCCAGAGUUCCGCAGUGAUGGCCCUGCAGGAAGCAAGCGAGGCUUACCUGGUCGGCCUGUUCGAGGACACCAACCUGUGCGCCAUCCACGCCAAGAGGGUGACCAUCAUGCCCAAGGACAUCCAGCUGGCCCGUCGUAUUCGCGGAGAGCGCGCAUAA